CUCUACGUUUCUUCAUCACGCAAAGAGGACAAGGAAGCAGACACCGUUCCCUCCAUCCCUCUACAAUAUUUAAUGAUUGGCCCUGCCAACAAAAUUUGACCCAUUCUAACAGUCGUUUUCUAUCAUUUUAUUUGAUCAAAACCUCAUCAGCCUAGCAAUUUUAUUUUUAAGGAGGCGACGGAACCAACUUCUGUAAUAUCCGCUUUAAAACCGGCAUGGCUGACAUUACAGAAAUAACGGAGAUAAUGUAAACACAACCGAGGAAGCAACUGUAGGCGGUAGGGUCUUGUUUUUGGUUCAGACAUCAGCUGCGGAUUGAAGGGCUCCGGGAAUGGACGAGUGUCUUCUUCAGGAGCCGCUGUUCACCUUUGGGGUCAUCGCUGACGUCCAGUACGCGGACAUUGACGAUGGCUACAAGAAUUACAGCCGCAGGAGGGAUCGCUACUACCGGAGCAGCUUACAGCUGCUGAGCAACGCCCAGGACGCCUGGAGGGAGGCGCGCGUGCAGCCUCUGUUCGUCCUCCAGCUGGGAGACCUCAUCGACGGCUAAAACGAACCACGCGGCGCUUCGGAGCGGGCUCUGGACGCGGCGCUCCGGCGGUUCGAGACCGGCCCAGCGCCGGUGCACCACGUGUGGGGGAACCACGAGUUUUACAACUUCAGCAGGAGCGCGCUGCUGCGCUCCCCGCUGAACAGCAGGCUGCACGCGGACAGCGGCGCGGGCGCGGCCCCGGUCCGGCCUGACAUCUAUGCGUACCGGUUCACGCCGGUUCCGGGUUUCACGUUCGUGGUGCUGGACGCCUAUGACGUCAGCUUGCUGGGGAGGGAGGAGUCCAGCGAGGAGUACCGCAGUGCCAUGGAACUGAUCCGGAAGUACAACCAGAACCAGGACCUCAACUGUCCCCCAGCCUUUGCAGACCUCAGGCAGCGGUUCACCAUGUUCAACGGAGGCUUCAGUAAGGAGCAGCUGGACUGGCUGGACUCGGUCCUGACCUCUGCAGAUGAGAAGCAGGAGCGAGUCACCAUCGCCAGUCACCUCCCCGUCCACCCCUUCUCCACGGACGCCGCCAGCCUCGCCUGGAACUUUGAGGAGCUCCUCGCCGUCAUUCACUCGCACAAAUGCGUGGUGUGUUACAUGGCGGGACACGCCCACGACGGAGGAUACCACCACGACAAGGACACAGGGGUGCACCACCUGACUCUGGACGGGGUGAUUGAGACUCCGCCCUACAGCGAUGCCUUUGGGAUCGUCUCUGUGUAUGCAGACCGGAUGGAGCUGAAAGGAAGUGGGAGAGUGCUGGAUCGGCUCUUCCUGUUCUCGUGACCACAGCGCCGCCGUGGAGGAGGAGCCAUUACGGAGCAGCCCCUAUGGUUUUUAGCCCCUCAGCUCUUCCACAGAUUUACUCAAAUCCUUUAGAUUGCUGCUUUUCUUGAAGUUGUGGGUCAGAACCGACCCGGGUAUUCUGAUGUCUGCAGCCUCACGGUUUGUUCUGACGGCGAGAAUCCUGCUAAGUCAGCAACUCCUGAGUCACUUUAGAGGAAGACAAUGUUCCUCACAGAAACAUUUAAUUCCCUUUUAGCCUCGAAGUGUCGAUUUCAACAAGAACAACAUAUUUAUUUUUAAACGAAAGCACUUUUAGUAGAAGUGCUGCUUUGAUGAAACUGCACUCAUGAGUUAUUUUCAUAUUUAAAAAGAGAAUUGUGUGAACUGUUGCCUUCUGCAGUUUCCUUUGAUGCACUUUUCCAAAAAGAUAAGUUUUUAUUUAAAAAUGAAUUGAAGUGAGUUCAUAUGUUGGUGAUUAUUUGAUCUGCAGCAAUAAAAAUGUUUUCUUUCAAAUA